AUGGGAACCCUUGUAGGACACCUGCUGCCGGGAGUUGGCCUCCUCGCGUUCGCGGUCUAUUAUUCAUGGUUAACAUCCUUAGCCCUGCUCCGGAAACAAAUGGUGCUCAAGCACCCCUUGCUCCCAAGGAAGCUGCUGGGACGCAGGCUGUUCGGGCAGAUAUCCUAUGAAGCAAUGGUGAAGGUGGUUGUCUCCGCUUUGGGCAUUUUGGGUGAAUACUUCUACCCCCUAGGGGUCAACCGUCUGAAGAUGAUAGACUGGAAGGACCCCCGGCGGCUGUUUGUUUUCAAGGACAACUGGCAGCAUGUAACCAUGUUUGGGUUCUUUUUCCUCAGUGGCAUAGUGGACAUUGUGAGCCACGCACAACCGGCACGCUGGAGCGUGAAGCUGGAGCGGGCAGCCGAAGCCCUGGCUUUCUAUGUGCUGGUACUGCUGAUGAUAACACAUAUUGAGAACAAAGGCGCCUUGGAGAUCCGAGUGCAUCUUCUGUUACUGUUGCCUGCCUUCUUGAUUGCCCUGGUGCUCACGGUGGAGAUCUGGGUCCCCGACAAUGCCCCGCUUUGGGUCAUUAAGAGCUGGAUGGGUCUGGUGCUGAGUACAUGGAUGCUGCAGAUCUGUGAGAUGUAUAUACCGUUCACUGGACAGCCCUGGAAGGCUGAAAACCCUAUGGACCUGGCAUUUGUAACCAUCUUCUUCUGCUGGCACAUGGCCUUAGGCGUCGCCCUGCUGGUUGGCAUCUAUAGCCUCUGCAGUUUCUGGCACCAUCGCUUUUCUUCCUGGACAAAGACUCUUGGAGCUAAGUACCAGCGCUGCGCUAUGGAAUCCAGUGGUGAAGAACUAGAAAAGCUCAAUGCAGAAGCUGUGCCACAGGAUGGAGGUGUGUAG